AUGGCAACAGAGCCAGAGUCCAGCAGCUCCAGCAAUACGCAAUUGCAGCCGGUUGAAACGAAGAUGUCCUACUCCUAUGAAGAUGAGAAGGGAUGGCGACGCUGGAGGGUUCUUCGUCCCGGACGAGGUAUCUACCAUGAUAUCAAGCGAAGGUUGCCAUACUACUGGAGUGAUAUCGCCGACGCAUGGACAUAUCGCACCGUCGCAAGUACAAUCCGGAUGUACUUUGUGAAGUAA